AUGCACAACAAGUCUCAGGCCAAACGAGAAAAGGAGGCUAGAAAGAAGCAGCAGAGGGUGAGUCUUGCAUGUACGAAAGAACAUGAAACAUAUGCUGACUUUGGCUUUUCACCUCUACAGAAAGAAGACGCUGAUCGGGUCGCUAAGGCGAAAGCUGAUAAGGCCAUAUCCUCGCAAAAGCCCAACGAUGGUCCCUCCGCUCAGCGUGAGACUGGGUCUCUAGGAGACUCUGUGAACUCACCUGGAGCUACAGAUACAGUUGCUCAGCCAGAAGCGGCCAACUCAAAGACUGGCGGUGAUAGCACCACAGGAAACAAGAAGUCCAAAGGCAAGGCAAAGAUGCAGCCAGCUGGUACCAGCUCUGCCGAUGGCGAAGACAAGGCUGUUGCCGAAUCGGAGAAUGGUAAACUCAAUGGUAAUAUCAACGAUUCCAAGGAUGUCUCUUCAGUAACUCACCAGGCGGAAAAGAUGGAGGCCUACCUCACCGCGCCAGCCAACCAGGGAUCUUCGGGAGACUCUGGGGUAACCCCAGCUGCUGAACCGACCCCAUCAACUCCACCAUCUGUCCCUUCAAUUACCCCAAAAACACAAGGCUCCUCCCAGAAGAUGCCUGCCCAGGAAGUAAAUGAUCCCCAUAACCUCACUUCCAAUCAACAAACUCACGUUCCAGGUCACUCUCGCCGCUCUUCCGCUUCCACGCUAGUCGGAGAAGAGCGAGUGUUACCGUCUGCUUUUACCCCUCCUGCCCCUACCCACCCGGACUCCUCGCGAACCGUCUCUCCUGAUGAAGCACCCCAGCUCGACGCCACCCCGACUGUAGCACCCAAGAAGAAAAAGAAGAAACCAAAAAAGAAGAAGACCGCACCCGUCCUCCCUUCAGUUGACCCCGACCCCCCCAGGGACGGGGACUAUCAUAACUAUAAUCCUUUUUCGUCCCAAAUGAGCCACAUAGAUGCUAUUCGUCGGGCUAACAAGUACGAUACCACCUCUUACUAUGCGGUUACAAACGCGCGAAUGGAGAGGGAUGCUGAAGAGAGCAGAAGGGCUGCUCGAGCCCUUGCGGAUCUGAAUGAAGAUGCUAGCUGA